AUGUGUGGGAUAUUUUUCUCGCUGAGUUCAUCCAAUCCCACAUCGCCAACUCAGGAGACUUGCGAGCUACUUCAAAAGCGAGGACCCGACAGCCAUAAGACGCAUACAUUACAAACAGAUAUUGAAGCGCAAAAUGGAGAAUCCCUGCCCCUUUCCUACUACCUCACUUUCACAUCCACAGUGCUUUCGCUGAGAGGUGAUCAUGUGUACUCACAGCCACUCGUAGACUCAAAAACCCAGUCCGUCCUCUGCUGGAACGGAGAGGCCUGGAAGAUUGCCGGGGAGCGUUUGCAAGACAAUGAUACCGAGCAGAUUUUCAACUUGUUUUUGCAGGCUGUGGGCAAUGAUCCUACAGACUCUGUUAUAAAUAUAGUCGAGGCAAUCUCAAGUAUUUCCGGGCCAUUUGCCUUCGUUUUUUAUGAUGCAGUCAACUCAAGACUCUUCUACAGCAGGGAUUGUUUGGGGAGGCGAUCUCUCCUUGAGGGCUUUGAUGAAUAUGGAAACUUGAAAAUCUGCAGCGUUUGCGACAGCGCCUCAGUCGAUUACUUCAAGGAAGUGGGCACUGAGGGCGUUUAUGCAAUUGACCUAAAGCGCUAUCAUGACCCUUCCAUGUCUCCCAGAGAGUUGUAUCAAACCAAAACCAUACCGUGGAGCUCUGAUCCUACGCCGUCAGUCGGCCAUCUUAGAAAAUCAAUCCCACCCAUGAACACAUCAUUGCCAACAGAGCAACCUCCUGCAUUAACAACAGACUCGGUAUUUGUCAAAGAGCUCGAGUACAAUCUGCGCCAAUCACUAGAACUGCGAAUUCAGAAUAUUCCAAACCCUCCAGACUAUGUCGCAGGCCAAAGUGCAAAGACCGCCGUCCUGUUUUCUGGUGGCCUAGACUGCACGCUCCUAGCCAGACUCUCGCACGACAUUCUCCCACAAAACGAACCCAUCGAUCUUAUUAACGUGGCAUUUGAAAAUCCACGCGUGGCAGCAGCCGCAAAAGCCAACCAAAAAACACCCUCGCCUCUCUCAAUCUACGAAAACUGCCCCGACCGAAUCACCGGCCGCUCUGCCCACGCCGAACUCCAAAAGGUCUGCCCAGGUCGCGUCUGGCGCUUCAUUGCAAUCAACAUCCCCUACUCGGAAUGUCUGUCCCACAGGGACCAAGUCAAACGCUUGAUGAGACCCCACAACACAGAGAUGGACCUGUCAAUCGCAUGUGCCUUGUACUUCGCAUCCCGCGGCCAAGGAGCAGCGAACUCAGACCCACUCUAUAUCCCUGAUACCCAGACGGAAGAUACCUCAGUCUACACAAGCACCUCUCGCGUCCUUCUGUCGGGCCUCGGGGCUGACGAACUCUUCGCUGGCUACGGCCGGCACGGUGUAGCCUUCAACCGGGGCGGCUUCGAGUCUCUCAUCGCAGAAAUUGAUCUCGACGUGAGCCGGCUUGGCUCACGCAAUCUGGGCCGUGAUGACCGCGUGCUCUCGCACUGGGGCCGGGAAACUCGGUUCCCCUUUUUGGAUGAGGAGUUCGUGUCUUGGGUUGUGCGUGCGCCUGUUUGGGAGAAGUGCGGGUUCGGGUUACCGGCGUCUGGGUCGGACGCUACGUCUGGUAUUGAUUGUGAGAAAUUGGCGCUGAGGCUUGUUGCUAUUCGGUUGGGCAUGGUGCGUGUUGCUCGGGAAAAGAAGAGGGCCAUUCAGUUUGGGGCUAGGACGGCGAAGAUGGAGACGGGGAGGUCGAAGGGGACAGAUGCGCUGACUUGA